AGUUGCAGAAGUGCAAGUUGCAAGAGGAGACUGUUCCUUUGCACCCUGUCUCGCUUCCCUAAGGACCUAUCAUAUCUCUAGUCUAUCACAAGUGAAGUCGCAAUAUCAAGAUCAUCAUGUCUGGAGCGGAUUUGCAGCGCAUGGAGUCGUACCAAUACCCGGCGACCCACGUAGGACACUUGAACCCCGGACAAGAGAAGGCACUGGAGGCUUUCAAGGAGCUAUGUCUGCAGAAGGGCUACUAUAACCCCACAGGCGGCCCGAAUGGCACCCCCAGCCAUGACGACGAAACAAUGCUGCGGUACCUACGUGCUCGCAAGUUUGUUCCCAACGAGGCAUUUGGCCAAUUCAAGGACACCGAGGACUGGCGCAAGGAGAACCAGCUGGAGAAGCUCUACGACACAAUCGACGUCAGCGAGUAUGAGCAGACUCGUGUUCUGUACCCUCAAUGGACUGGACGACAAGACCGCCGCGGUAUUCCCGUCUACAUCUUCGAAGUGGCACACCUGAACAGCAAGGCCGUUUCCGCCUAUGAGGCUUCAACUUCGUCAAAGAACCAAUCCGUACAGUCAAAGAUUCCCGCCAAGAUGCUCCGUCUGUUUGCUCUAUACGAAAACUUGACCAACUUUGUUCUCCCUCUCUGCUCCGAGAUGCCUGGCCGUCCUUUCCCGGAAACACCUGUAUCACAAUCGAGCAACAUUGUUGACAUCUCAAACGUUGGAUUGAGACAGUUCUGGAACCUGAAGAACCACAUGCAAGAUGCCAGUCAAUUGGCCACCGCCCACUACCCCGAGACUCUCGACAGAAUAUUCAUCAUUGGUGCUCCUUCAUUCUUCCCCACUGUGUGGAGUUGGGUCAAGAAGUGGUUCGACCCCAUCACUGUUUCCAAGAUCUUCAUCCUUUCCAAGCAGGACAUGUACCCGACACUCUCAAAAUACAUCGACCCCGAAAACAUUCCCGAGCAAUACGGUGGAAAACUAAAGUACAAGUUCGGUGAGCUACCCAACAUUGACCCGGAUCUGCACAACGUCCUCCAGUGGACAGCACCGCACAAGUUGAACGGCAUGGACACCAUUCCUACCGGCCCCAUCAGAUGGGUUACCACAGAGACCGGCGACAAGAUCGCAAGAGCAGUAGGCACAGAAAACGGCAAACCUCGCGACCGCAAUGUCGCCAUCGUAAAGUCUUCAGCACAACCCACACCCGCCGCACCAGCCGCAAGCCAACAAGCCCGUCAAGACGCCGACCUCUACCGCACAACCAGCGGCGAGCACACCCACCCACCCAGCCCACCCCCAGGCCAAGUCAUCCAAGAAACCCCCUACACCGAGUCAUCCACCCCCAGCGCCGGCAACACUUCCACCCUUCCCGUCCGCGAGGUCCACCAGACCGAGUCCACACAGACCUCUUCAAACCAGCCCAGCACAAACCGCACAGGCACUUCAGGUACGAGCUACAUAGCGCAAUCCCACACGCACGCCCACGGCACCCUCGCCGACGGCACCCCCGACAAGCGCGAGGGCACUUUCGGCGACACGUACGGCGUAAACGAACCUAACACGAUCGGUCAGGCGCCUAAAGAACAUCCCAUGCCCGAGCCUGAGAUUGCACAGCCCACGUAUGUGGAACAAGCUAAACAGGUCGCUGGUAGUGCUUACAGCACUGCUGCUGGUGUAGGAGCGAGCGCGUUGGCAGCGGUGGGGUAUGGAAAUGGGGUAAGAGAAGACAAGGCGGAGGAGGAGGUGCCGAAGAAGGUUGAGGAUCCGAGGGUCGAUGCUACUGGAGACAGAAAUGUCGAGGAGUAUUUGAGAAGUAAAUAUGAGAGU